GUACAUGGAUCAAAGCUCUAACAAGGCGUUAUACUAGUAUUUGUUAAUUUGUUAUGUUAAAGUGAUUAAGUAUUUAAUGGUAAGGAUCAGCAAAAUCUCACACGAGCUCCUACUUAUAUCGGUAUGGACAACCGUUGUUACUGUUGCGCAUCAAAGUUCAGCCUGUUCAAGAAGGAGUUGGGUUGUAAAAGCUGCGGGCGUUCCUUCUGCUCGGGCUGUCUGAACUUCAGUAUUGUGGUGCCUCGGUGUGGCAACACUCAGCAGAAGGUUUGCAAGCAGUGUUAUGGCAAUCUCUCAAGCGGGAACUCUUCAAGAAAUGAUGGCCGGUGGUCUCCUCCAGAAAACUACAAAAAACGGGUUGCUGCGGUUGAAGCUAAACAACAGGGGGGAACGAUACAGCCUCUUGCAUACGGAGGCAGUAGAAAUAUCAAACCAGGCCUUAUAUCAUCCAAAGGCCUGAGCAAGGAAGACCAGGCCAUUGCUGAAAGACUUCAGAAAUUAAAAGAGGACACGAAACCAAAGUCUGUCCCAUCUGAGAGGGAUAUAGAGUCUCGUCUUGCUGCUUUGAAAGCUCCCAUCCAUCCUGUCCCUUCUAUAGGGGAUAUGGAAGACCGUCUGGCAGCCCUGCAGGGUAGACCUCCAUCUUCCCAAGCCCCCCGACCUGUAUACCAGCCCCCAGAUAAUAGCACCCAGACAGAGCAGGCGAAUAAUCUGUUAACUCAGAUUACAGAGGAAGUUGCCAUUGAUGACCAACGAUCAUAUCCUCAAGGUAUGGAUGGCCCUAUGAAUGACCUGAACAAGGGAGAGGAUGCCAUGCUGGAGGAGAAUUUAAAGGAGGGCCAGGAGGCUUUCCAGCAGCUGGAGGCCGAGAAGAUCCAUCUGCUGGAAGAGGCCAUGAAAGAGCUGAGGCAGGAACACUGCACCCAAGAUCAAGUCCUACAGAUGGCCAAGAGACUGGCACAGCUCAAGGGGCAGGACCCUGAGAAGGUCACUAUGGAGGAUAUUCAGCAUCCUGACAGUGAUGAGGAGACGGAAGAAGAUGCUGUAAAGAGAGUAUUAAAGCAGCUCUCAGAAGAGGCUGCAUUAGAUGAAGCCUGUGGUUACAACAUCCCUCUAGAGCACAGUGGCCCAAAGAACGUAGAAAAGAAGGCGAGAGCAAAGAAAUUGGUCCCUGCUGAAGUGCCCAAGACCAGGAUUCCACCAGCUGCAACAGAAAGGCAGCUAUCAGAUAGCGAUGAGGAUGAACUACCUUGGUGUUGCAUCUGUAAUCAGGAUGCCACCCUUCGUUGUUACACCUGUGAUGGAGACCUUUACUGCAACCACUGCUUCAGGGAAGGCCAUGAUAAAUAUGACAGGAAAGAGCAUCGUACCACUAACUACACUGCACCUAAGAAGAAGCGGAAGACAUGACAGAAAGACUGCAUUCAUUGGCCUGACCAAGUCAAGUCAUGUUCACUUGCCACUGAUGGACCUUUGUUUCAGCCUUCACUGAAUUCAGAUUUAAAGUCAACCUUUUGUUUAAAACAGAUUAGACUCCUUAAUAGUCAUAUCCUGGGUAAUCUCUUAAAUGUGGCUCUAAAUUGGUGUUUAUUGACCAGAAGGCUAAGCAAAUGCUUUUUAAAUUAGGUAAUGGAGAUAUGAAUAAACAAAUGAAGCUGCCUGAAGUAACAAUAGCUUAGAAUACAGACCUAUUCAAGCCAAUAACCAGGUAAUGUAGUUCGAUGUGUAUGCUCUUAUUGUAGAAUAACAUGAUAGAUAUGAUUGUCUGUUCUGACAAGUUUUAAUGUAGUUGUAAUGUAAUAUUAAGUACAAAACCUUAAAUAUGGUAAUUUUAUUGUUAUUUUUUCUGUAAUGCAUGGAAUAGACAAAAAAAAAACAACCUGAAGAGGCUACUGGGCCAUGUUUUGAAUGCACUUUAGCAAUACUGCAUAGGUACUAAAAUAGUGUACUCGAUUAUGUCUGUUCCAACUGAGAAAUAUUUUCUUUUUUUGCAAUUGUUCUACUCCCCACAGAAAACAGUAGUGCACAUUUGAUUAUUUGUCAGUUGUAAUUUUCAAAAUUUGAUUUUUAAAUGUGCCAUGGGACACACCUCAUCAUGCAGUCCCAAACGACUGUCAGCUCGUGACUGGAGAAUGGCAGAAGAGCCAUUGUGAAAAAAAAGAUUACUGAGGGCUUUGUUUUCCUUUGGCAGGCAGAGCAGUCUCUGUUGUAAUCGGUCUUUGGUUGAAUCUGGAACAUGACUACUGCCUUUCCUGUCCUAGUGUGUAAUGUUAUUCUUAAGGAUGUGGAAGUUGUGUCAUUUGUAAGACGGCUUUGAAGGAAUGUGACUUUGUUCCUUUUUUUUCUACUCUUAAUUUUUUCCAACCAUUUAGUCCUUUCAUUAUUCACUGAGAUUAUACAAAAAUGGCACACUCAGGGAGCUUUCAUCAAAAGUGAGCUCCCGCAACAUGGAUGGCCUCAAUGUCAGGGCGGCAAGAGUGGAAGAGAGGUGAACCAAGCAAAUUGCUGUAAUGGAGCCCUUAGCCAAACGGCCUCGUGUGUAUGACAUAUAAAGGGCCAGUGUGCAGUUUCAUCAGUGUGCAUUAGUGUCUAGCAAGCAUAGAAGAGGCCUUAAUUACCACCUCCUCCAGGGGCUUGCUCCAUUAAAGCCCAUAUGGAGAGUGUUACUGUGUUUGCCAUGCUUGCCUAUGUUGUACACUGACCACAGACAGGAAAUGGAUCUGGAUAAUGGAUGCAUAGUUAAUGGACCACCUUCUUGUCUUUGAGUUCACUGUAUUUACUCCUACCCCCACAUGCAAAUGUCUUCUGGGUUUCCAUCACCCUGCUUUUUAUUUUUUUAAUUUUUUUAAGGUUGACACCAGAACAUGGACCUAGGCAGUUGUCUACAGGAGAACAGAUUUAAUGAAUUGUUACACUAAACGCCAUCCUGUAUUAAGGCCUUGGGGCUGUAGGACACAGCAGUGAUGGUAAUACUGUCCUAUUCCUGCUGACAUGUCUUCAUCCUAUAAAGAAGUGAACCAGUGUCUUAAAUAAAUAAAAAUAAUCUG